UUUUGUAAGAACGAUCGUAGUUAGUCUAAAAUUAUCGUAUGAUUCUUCAGGAACAACUUUAGCAUUCAGGAAAUUUGCUACUUAACACUGGUUCUUCCUGGUCGUUGCCAGAAUCUUCUUGGUUUGCGGUGCCGAUAUCGCUGUAGCUGAAUGUUACGAUGUAGGCCUAGUCCCAGGCUGCUUUGUUUAGAUAUAGCCAAAGCUAUAGUCUCAACUGACGAAUCCUGUGUUGAGCACAUAGAAAAGCAAUAUACUGCGGCCAGGAAUUAAAACACUGACAAUGGGUUGUUGGAAGACUGAUGGCUUUAUAGCUACGAACUAACUUCAGAGUGUAAUCAAGAAAGCAUGGCUUCAAAGAUCAUCCACUUUGUAGUGGGAGAUCAACAUGAAUGUGCAGAGUUCAGAAGCGAUACCCCUGUUGACGAUCUUAAAGAAUGCUUUCGAAGUGCAGCAGAAGCAGGCCCUUAUGACAUUUUAAAGCUCUACAACCACAAAGGCAAUCUUGUAAAUAUAUCUACAAGUUUAGAAGCUAAUACACCAGAAACACGAUACAAGUUAGAAGUUGUUGCUGCACACUGUGGUCAUUGUGGUAAAGAUCUUCAUGGUGUAGAUGUUGAAGAAAUCGAGAAAAGGUUGCAACAACUUGAAAAGAAAGUUUAUGUGAAUCAUGGUGAGAUGCCAUCGGAAUUCAUGCAGUUAAAGGAAAAAGUCACGGCGUUCAAGGAUAAAUUAGAGGGCGUAGAACACCUUAGCUGGCUGGGUCUUUUUAAAGAAAUAACAAGUGGAACAUCGCCAAUACCUGUGGAAAAGAAGAGCCUUCGAAAAUCACGUGAGCACUACACCGGAGUGCUAGAGAAAUUUUUGCGAAUGGGGUUCGUAGAGCCAUCGACAGAGACACUUAAAGAACUACGGGAGCCAACGUUUGACAACUGGCAGUGGGAAGAUGCUGAAAUGCUUUUUUUAUUGCAGCAGAUGUUUGUAGAUUUGGACAUGAUGCAAGCAUUUCACAUUGAGGCUACUGUUCUGCAACAGUUCUUGUUUGAAGUUUAUCGCCAUUACAAUCAAAUACCAUUCCACAAUUUUCGUCAUGGCUUUUGUGUGACGCAAAUGAUGUACGGUAUGAUCUGCCAAAGCGAGGUCCACAAAGUGAUGGAAAAGCACGAGAUCCUCACCAUGAUGACUGCCGCACUGUGUCAUGAUCUUGACCACCCAGGCUACAACAAUAACUAUCAGAUAAACGCAAAAACAGAAUUGGCUAUACGGUACAACGACAUAUCACCACUAGAGAACCAUCACGCAUCUGUGGCAUUCGACAUUCUGAACCGACCAAACUGUAACAUAUUUGUUCAUCUUGAUGGGGAUUUGUACAGAAAAGUCCGUGUUGGAAUCAUACAGUCUAUUUUAGCUACUGACAUGGCACAGCAUUCCAAUAUUCUGAGCGAAUUUAAAGGCAUUUUAUCGAAUGGAUUCGACUUCAAAAAUGCAGAUCAUCGACUUAUGCUUAUGAAGAUUUUCAUCAAAGCAGCUGAUGUUUCCAAUGAAGCUAGGCCGAUGGACGUGGCAGAGCCUUGGUUGGAGUGUCUCCUAGAAGAAUCCUUUAAUCAGAGUGAUGUGGAAAAACUAGAAGGAUUGCCAGUACUGCCGUUCAUGGACAGAGACAAAGUUACCAAGCCAUCAGCACAAAUUGGUUUCAUAAAAUUCGUUCUUAUUCCACUUUUCGAAUCCAUAACAGAGUUAAUUCCUGUUUUCAAGGAAACCUUGAUUGACCCUGUGAAGCUGGCGCUAGACUACUACCAGAAUUUAGCAAAAACAACAGACGAAGAACGCAAGAAGAGAGAAGAGAGAAAACUAAGCACAGGAACACCACCUCGAAAGCUCAGCGUGGAAACAACAGACAAGAAUAACGGAACUCGAAAGAAAAGCAGCAUGGAGCGAAAGAUAAGUCCUGCUGCAAAGAAAAAUGUCGGCAACGGACCUGUAGAGCAAACUGUUCAUCGUAAGUCGAGUACAGGAUGUAAUGUCGCCGAACGAAAAGUAAGCAAAGAACAUUUGUCAAAUGGUCCGAUCAUUGUAGGUAAAUAACUGCAUAAACUAUUGUAGAUAGAACAGAAUUCUUAGUCAGAACGAGGCGUUCUCGUUUAGAGGCUAGGGUGAAACAGGGAAUACUUUCUGUUAAUAUUAUGGUGACGAUCAGUAUUUCAUAACCGAAGAUGAAAUUUUUCGUAUCGGAAAAAUUGAUUUUCCUGAACGGGGUAUAAUUGUAUAUUCACAUCAAGUUUCCGAAACGCUUUAUUGUAGAGUUUUUAGAUUAAUGUAUCUUCGUGGAUAUAAUGAAUAUAUGUUAUUGAUCAACUGAGUUUUCAAGGAUGGCCUAAAAUAUUAUGUAUUAAGUACUAAGAUUCGUUGCCUGAGGGAAAAACACGUGUAGACUAUUGGAAUUAUGUGGGGGGUCGAUCCGAUUAAAAUCAAAUGAUUUGUAAUUAAAAUUCUCUCAGUAAUUCUGUUGUACAAAGCAAUAGCUAUGUCAUUGUUCUGAACUUGGCCAAACCUUUAUUUUCUGGUGUAGCCGCCUUAAUGUUGUUUUUUAUUAUUGAAAGCAUCUGUUAUCUCAGCAAUCUAUUGUAUAAAAGGAUCGAAAUGUUAUUGGA